CAAACUUGACCCUAAAAAAACAUUUUUAACCUCAUUAGAAGACAUCUAGUGCAGGAACCGUCAGAAAAGUAUUCUGAAACUCGUGACGAAUGGAAGUAAGCGUAGAUAAGGUCGUGGUACCUGGUGAUGUUGUCGAGGAGAUCAGGACGACAAACGACAGGGAGCGUGUGAUCUUAGGUCCAGGGCUACGGCGUGACGGUGAGCUCGUCCUAACGACCAAGGCAGGGGUCCUCAGAAAAAGAAAACCGACUAUAUACUACGUAGAUAGCUAUCAAAAAAGAUAUGUACCAAGUAGAGGGGAAAACGUUGUCGGCAUAGUCACACAAAAGGUUGGUGAUAUCUUCAGAGUCGAUAUUGGAGGGGGUGAGCAAGCCUCCCUAUCCCAUUUGGCCUUUGAAGGAGCAACUAAAAAAAAUCGUCCCGACAUUGCGGUUGGUGACGUGAUAUUUGCCAAAUUACUCGUGGCCAGCAAAGACAUGGAACCGGAACUGAUAUGCGUCGAUUCUCAUGGAAAAAGAGGCAAGUUGGGUGUCUUGAGCUCUGAUGGAAUGUUAUUCGACUGUUCUCUCAGUUUGGUGAGGAAACUUCUUCAUCCACAAUGUCAACUUCUAGCACUGCUGGCCAAAGAACAAGCUUACGAAAUAGCAAUUGGAAUGAAUGGCAAGGUUUGGAUAAAGGCCAGAUCUAUUCGCGAGACUAUAGCAGGCAUCAAUGCCAUUCUUGCCGCGGAAUAUACCGCACCCAAAGAUAUGCCCGCGUUAUGUUCUAACAUAACUCGAACUUUGUUUGAAACAAGUUGACGGAAAGAGGACUGAUUCCUUAAUGAUGCUUCUCGUCUAAAUUUAAUCGAUGCUACAGAGAUGUUUAGUCCCAUAAAUGUACGACUUAUGGAACAAUUUUGUAUAAUUUAAAAAUAAAUCACGUAUUACGUUGA